UAUACGUGACGCAAAGCGUUUACCUUCACCUCGCAUGAUGGAGGAAUAGGAGAGGAAAGCGAAAGUCCGGACCUGUACGGGUGAGCGUCCAGGAUGCUUCCUUUGUGGAUUUCUGUCCUGGCGGCUUUAUUGUCCUGGCGGCCUGUGAGUUGCCUGGCCGCCGACUCUCAUCAGGAGCCGGAGACCCCGGACUGGAGGAUGACUCUGAAAACCAUCCGGAACGGCGUGCAUCGCAUCGACAUGUACCUGAACGCGGCCCUCGAGCUCUUCGGAGGGGAGGACGGACUGUGUCACUACAAGUGCAUGGACGGUAAAAGCGAGCAAGACAGCCGGCCCAUGGAGAAGAAAGUCAAAGGUGCUGACGACAACGUCACAGAGACGGACUCCUUUGUACAAAGCGACACGUUCGACCCUGCAGAAGAAUACCACAUGACCCAUAAGCGGCGUGGAGUCGCUCUCAUCUUUAACCAAGAGCGCUUCUUCUGGUAUUUGGCCAUGCCCAAUAGGAACGGCACAAACGCAGACAAGGAGAACUUGAUGAGACGGUUGACGGAGCUCAAUUUUGACGUCCGGGCAUAUGACAAUCUGAAAGUGGAAGACAUGUGGAACAAGAUUAUGGAUGCGGCUGCCGAGGACCACAGCGAUGCAGACUGCUUCUUGUGCGUCUUUUUGAGCCACGGUGAAAACGAUCACGUGUACGCCUAUGAUGCCAAAGUGAAAAUUCAGGAUCUGACCGCCCAGUUUAAGGGGGACAAGUGCAAGAGCCUAGUUGGCAAGCCCAAGAUUUUUAUAAUCCAGGCCUGUCGUGGUGACAAGCAUGAUGAGCCCGUGGUUCCAAUGGACAGUGUGGACAGCCAGGUGAACGAAGUGGUGGCAGAUGCUGGCGCCGUGUACACGCUGCCGGCUGGCGCAGACUUCAUCAUGUGCUACUCUGUGGCAGAAGGCUACUAUUCCCACCGAGAGACCGUCCGCGGCUCCUGGUACAUUCAGGACUUGUGCGCCGCCCUCACGAAGUUUGGCCCCACGCUGGAGUUCACGGAGAUCUUAACGCUCGUCAACCGGAAAGUGGCAGCGAGACGCGUAGACCGGUGCGCCGACCGGAGCUCCCUCGGCAAAAAGCAAGUGCCCUGCUUCGCUUCAAUGUUGACCAAGAAGAUGUACUUUCGACCGAAGUCGAGCUGAGCCAAGGACGCUUUCACGUUUUUAACAAAGGGGUGGGGUUGGGUCGGGGGGGAUUGGGGUAAUGGCGGCGGCGGCUUCUUUCUUUCUUCCUUCCUUCCUGUUUGAGCUGCUGGGCCUCGAGUGCUGGAAGCAGCGGAGGGAUUGGACACUUCGAGGAGCAAAAGGGAAACGACUUUGUGUCGCUCUGUCUGUCCAUGGCAGCCCCCCGCCUUUCUCUGGGAAAUUAAAGAAAAUGUGAACGGGGACCCCCGGGGCUCUCGCUGGGCGCCUUACUUUUUGUCGGAGUUACUGCAGUGCCUUCCAUUUAAAUUUGAAUCAAACGGACUGGCUGCUCUCUUUGUGUUCUGGUAAGGCGCUAUAUAAGAGCAGGAUCGGCACGGACGAGGACAACACGUGCGUAGGGUCGAAAGGCACCGGCGGACGAGCAGCGCGACACGCUCAGUGAAAGAAAGUGAAGCGCCGAAUAAAAAUGGUAAUGGUGGUCUUACAAUAAUAAAAAUGGUAAUGGUGGUCUUACAAUAAAAAGCAAGCAUUUGGGGGUUUCCAUUGACGCCUGUUCAGACAUCAGAAACGAUCAGCCGGCAUUUAU